GGUGAGUGGGGACGGCGCCUCAAGGGGUCUGGGGAAGCUGAAAGGCAAAGCAGCAGUGGGCAAGGCACCUACUCCGGUCCUGUGCCUGUCGGGUUUGUAGAGGGUGAGGUGGGAAUGGGGAGGGACAAGAUGAGGCCUUUCCUGGGACACCUCCCUCACUCCACUCCUUCCCAUCACUAACACGUCUGGGCAUGAGAGAGCAUGCUUCCUGAGGAAACAGGAUAAGCUGAAGGGGUGCAGAAAAAGUUCCCUGGUCAUACAGGCCAGGCAGGGGUCCAGAGUCCGCGCUUGACUCAUCCCCCACUUCACUGGGCUGAGGUCUCAGCUCCGUCACAGAAAACAUCAGCACUUCAGCCCAGCACAGCGAAGAAGUACCCAACCCAGAACUCUGCUCCUCUUUCCCUCCACCAUGGAGUACCUCUCUGCUCUGAACCCCAGCGGCCUGCUCAGGUCUGUAUCUAAUAUGAGCUCCGAGUUUGGUCGUAGGGUCUGGAUCUCAGCUCCACCACCCCAGCGACCUUUCCGAGUCUGUGAUCACAAGCGGACCACCAGGAAAGGUCUGACAGCUGCCACCCUCCAGGAACUGCUAGACAAGGCACUGGAGACCUUGCUGCUGAGUGGAGUGCUAACUCUGGUGCUAGAGGAGGAUGGGACUGCCGUGGAGAGCGAGGACUUCUUCCAGCUGUUGGAGGAUGACACAUGCCUGAUGGUGCUGGAGUCCGGGCAGAGCUGGAGUCCCAGCAGGAGUGGGGUGCUGUUAUAUGGCCUGGGCCGGGAGAAACCGAAAUACAGCAAGGACAUCGCCAGAAUCACCUUUGAUAUGUACAAGCAAAACCCUCGAGACCUCUUUGGGAGCCUGAACAUCCAAGCCACAUUCUACGGGCUCUACUCCAUGAGUUGUGACAUUCAAGGACUUGGUCCAAAGAAAGUACUCAGGUCAGAAACCAAAAUGUUUUACUUCCCCCUUCCAACAGCUUCAGUCCCAAAUUCCUUCUCCAGCACUCACCUGCGCUCACCUUCUCUGUUAGCUCUGCCUUGUGAAGAGCCCCCACCCCCAGCUCUAUGGCUUCCUCCCAGCCAUCUGCCUGCCUCAUCUCUGCCCUUCAGGGAGCUCCUCCGAUGGACCUCCACACUGCUGCAAGGCCUGGGCCACAUGUUGCUGGGAAUUUCCUCCACCCUUCGCCAUGUAGUGGAAGGGGCUGGGCAGUGGCAGCAGGGUCGCCUUCAUCCCUACUAAGAACUCUGAACUUCUGCUCCUAGACUUAUUCCAAGACACAGCUGUAAGGACUGUGACAGCAUCAGGUUUGUAGACUGCAGACAGUACAGACUAGAUAAUUCACCUUGUUUCCCCAUUGUCCUCUAACCCCAUCAGCAUUAUGCCUUACACCCCUAGCGUAUACCCAUUCCUGAAGAAUGCCGUCUCCUCCUAGCCAUCUUUCCAGCCUCUCACCUACCCUGAAAGCCCGCAAGCCUGUCCCAGGCAUCUUGAUCCCACCCUGAUUGCUGCUACAUCUAGAUGUCCUUACAGUCCUCCUG